AUGUCGCUGGACGGCGCCAGCAACCCGCUCUACCCAAUCUGUCGCAUGCCCAACCUCAUCGGCUCCCCCUCUGAAUCCUGCAUCUACACGCUCACCGUCGACCUCGACACCUCUGCCGAAACCAUCACCUUCCAUCCUUACCUCAAAGUCGAUCCGGACAACAUCCACAUCGUCCACGCCGAGCUGCAACGCAUCCCUGGAUACGAAGCUUUCGUCGCCAUCCAGAACUACUCGGGCGACGAGUUCUUUCCUCCGCUCCACCCAACGAUCAUCUCGUUCGAGAACAUGGACUUCGCGUGGUUCAGACCGUUCGACGUGCUCGGGAAGGUGGUGGAUAUUACGGGGCUGAAGCACGCUAUCACGGGCUGGUUUUGGAACUUUGACCUGAUGGAUUACCAGGGAAACAGGAUCAAGUGCUGGUACAGGAUUUUCAAUGAAGGGGAGCUGGAGGAGGGGGCAAAGCUGAAGGAUGUGGAGGAAGAGGAUCUGGCUUUGUGUGUCAAUGUCUCGCCGCAGCUGGUGGAGGAUGGCAUUUGCAUACACAACGAGAGCGAGCUGUUGAUCUUCAAGGAGUAA